GUGGAGGCGCUGCUGCUGGUGCUGGGGCCCGAGGAGGGACGCGCCGGAGCGGGGCCGCCGGGAUUGAGCCAGCGACAGACGUGCCACCCGCCGACGCCGCAGCCUCUUGGGGCCCGCACGGACCCUCUCCCUGUGUGUAGAAUGAGCCAAGGAGACUCGAACCCAGCAGCUAUCCCACAUGCAGCAGAAGAUAUUCAAGGUGAUGACAGAUGGAUGUCUCAGCACAAUAGAUUCGUCCUGGACUGUAAAGACAAAGAGCCUGAUGUACUGUUUGUGGGAGACUCCAUGAUACAAUUAAUGCAGCAGUAUGAGAUAUGGCGAGAACUUUUUUCCCCACUUCAUGCACUUAAUUUUGGAAUUGGAGGGGAUACAACAAGACAUGUUCUGUGGAGACUAAAGAAUGGAGAACUGGAGAACAUUAAACCUAAGGUCAUUGUUGUUUGGGUAGGAACAAACAACCAUGAAAAUACUGCAGAAGAAGUAGCAGGUGGAAUUGAGGCCAUUGUACAGCUCAUCAACACCAGGCAGCCACAGGCCAAAAUCAUUGUAUUGGGUUUAUUACCUCGAGGUGAGAAGCCCAACCCUUUGAGGCAAAAGAAUGCCAAGGUGAACCAACUUCUCAAGGUUUCACUGCCGAAGCUUGCUAAUGUGCAGCUCCUGGAUACAGAUGGGGGCUUCGUUCACUCGGACGGUGCCAUUUCCUGUCACGACAUGUUUGAUUUUCUGCAUCUCACAGGAGGGGGCUAUGCAAAGAUCUGCAAGCCCCUCCAUGAACUGAUCAUGCAGUUGCUGGAGGAAACACCUGAGGAGAAACAAACUACCAUUGCCUGACCAGCUCCCAUCAGUGUUCACAACCUCCCAGCUUCCUCAGAUCAGUUAUGUCACUGGCACUACAGAAUCCUCUUUCUUAAGGCACUUUGCAUUGUAGAAUGUUCCCGGAUGCCCACAUCUAGUGUUUGAAGGGAAAGAGGGUUUUAAAUUGGUCCUGUAUAUAGAAGGUUUGUUUGACACAAGAAAAUUAGCCAAGGAAGAUUGUUUAAAUUUUCAUUUCAAAUCACAAGGGGACUUUUUAGUUGUAUAUGUGACACAUUCAUUGAAUUAUUACUGUUCUGUUCUUCCUAGGACAUCAUCAAGCCUAAGUACUACACAAUAUGAAGGUUCUUUUCUUGGCCUUUUUUCUGUAGAUUAUGUCAUAUGUAAUAAUCAGAAUCACAACUACUUGGCUUUAAAGUACAUGUCUUUUCCAGUUUUUAAGGUCUGUAAUUUAGCCUUUUGUUUUUAUUUUGUUUUGCUCAUAUGUAUCCUCAGUAUUUUGUUAACGUAUAGCAUCAGAUUAAACAUGCUCGUCCCUCAAAUAUGCGAGAAGCUAUAGUUACCAGUGAGUUUGCUCCUCUAAAUCUUUCCCAUGCUUAACAAUGAGAAACAUGUUCUGUCCCCUUUGGGGAACUCUUUGGAAGGUAUUAUGUAUAUGCUGCUGAAUAUCAUGUCUAUAAUAGACCCAUGCAUGCAGCCUUUUUACUCCUUUUCCCCUCACUUUUCUUUCCUUGUGGAGGGGUCCUUAUUAACAUUACAAGCUUUUAUCACAUUAGGAGCUUUGUUGCUGGAAGUGUAAGUCCCCAGCCAGCUACCCAUAAUGAUAUUACUGAUAUAUCUCAUUCUUGUGUGUGUUUUGUGCUGUAGAGUCCGUGUGGUGGUAUCCAUAUUCAAGAGUUCUGGUUUGCUUUCCAGUACAAUCUGUUACAGUCUCCUUUACUCAGAAAAAAAAAAAUCAGAACUCUUGUUUCUCAUUCCGUAAUAGACCUAACAUUGUAUUUUAUAGUAUCAAGGUGUAUUUUUUUUUUAGUUUUAUUUUUUCCUUCUUCAAUGCUGAGGAUCAAACCCAGGGUCUAGGACAUACAAGGCAGAUACUGUAUGGUUGAGUUAUACUCACAGCCCUGUUUUUUCUUAAUUGGUUUAGCUCUUACAUUAGUAUUAAAAAAAGAGUUGGCUUCUUCCAUGUGGAAACAGUGAAGCUGUUCUCAGAAUAGAGAUUGUACCUAUAUUCCACCAUCUUAGUAAAAAGGAAUGAGGUUUACUAAGAAAACUGCUUUUUAACAACUUUUGUCUUUUUGUUUUUUGGUACUGGGAAUUGAACCCAGGACGUUGCACUUGCUUAGGCAAGUGCUUUGCCAAUGAGUUAUGUCCCAGCCCUAUUUCCUGUUUCUUGAUACAUCUUCAUCUAGGAAUUUUCUUUCAAGAGAGCUUGUUAGAAUUUUUACUAGUUUGCUUGAGCUACACAAACUUGUAUUUAAAGAAUAAUAGAACACUAGGUGUGUUCUUGUCUAAUAUACCUAUAGAAUAUUUACAAACUGGAUCUGCAGACAUUUAAACUGGACCAGGUUGAGUACUGAAGUAACCCAUCCCAGUGACUGCCUAAUGUUGCAUUCCGUAACUAACAUCUACGCUCUGUGUUCUGCUUGCUAAGCAAAUGGCAAGGCUGUGUGUACUGAGGAGUUGCUGACUUGUGUUAAGACCCACUUGUGACUGAGAAAGAUAGAACUUGUGAUGGGUUAUUGUUGAGGCUUUUUCUAGAAUUUUUUUAUUUUUUUUUAAAAAAACAAUGUUCUGAAUGUAUCAUGUCUUCAUUAGUAACAAAAAAUACACAUGGUGUUUACUAAACUUGUUUACUAUAUUCAGUUUUUCUUUCUAUUUGUAGUAGCCAAGAUUCUUGAGUUUUCAAGACAGAUUGUUUUUUAAUGAACUAACAUUCAUUACAGGAAGGAAAUUUAAGCCAGAAUUUUGUGUGUAAAAAGACACUUUUCUAUCCAGGUCUUUCUGUGUUAGAGUAUGGGAAGAUGGUUCAAAUAAAUCUAUUAGACUACUCUUGCAGCAUGUGCUUUUAGCUUCUCUCUUGACUGAGGAUCAAAUAAUCCCUUUGUGAUCUGGCCUUCAGCUCCUCUGCUUCUAUAUGUAAACCUCUGAUAUUACUACAUUUUAUAUCCACCAGAGCUAUUCAAGCAAUAGUAUUUGAACCACUAGCCUUUUAAAUAAAAUUCUGCCCCAUUGCUAAUGUAUAGAUACUGAGUCCACUGUCAUUUCUUGCCAGGUUUCUUUGCACUGCUUUAGGCAAAAAAGUGUUAGUCUUUUAUUCUUUGACAUCUCAGUCUUGCUUCAGUAACAAAACUUCCUGCUUAGGUCUUUGUACUUUUUAAAAAAUAUGUGAGUUUAAUGCACUGUCCAUAUAAAAUGUCCUUGUCAUAGUAAUUAAGGGGCCAACUUACCAGGCAGUUAGCACAGGUAUUGUUUCCUUUGCCAGCAAAAUUUAAUCCCUUUGCCCACCCAUUCCUGUUACACAACAGCAAGUAAUGGGACUAUACAGAUGAUAUCUGUGGUUCUGUCUUCAAAGUGCAGGUUGGAGAUGUACUGCCAAGGAUGAUCCAGGGCGGGUUGUUUUGCUGCGAGUGCAUUGUAGCUUAUUCUAGGCAAGUGAUCUGGCUACCUCCUUUUGUCCACUGAGACUGUUUAGGACAUCUGCCCAAACCUGAAUCUUCUGUCAAAAACAACAAAUCUUGAGUAGCUCUGUCCCUGUUCCUCAAAAUUGUAACUUAAGUCCCAGCCUUCUGUUUUUAUUUUUUUUCUAACUUAGUCACUGUUUACAGUUGUAUGCUGAAGCCUGUAAUACUGUCUGUACUGUGUUGUAUGAACAUUGCCAAUUUUAUAUUUAUUGCAGUGAAGAAGAAACUAAAAAUAUAUGAAAAGGAGGAGCAUGGCUCCUGAAUCUGUGUGGGUGCAUGUGGGAGCAGUAAGUGGGGGCCUCUUGAAAGGCCUUUUUGGAGAGGGGCCCCAGACUUGUUGCUGCGUUCCCCUCUGGGAUCACUGCUGCUGGCUGACUGAACUCCCCAAGUAGAGCUUGUGACUCUGCUUUGGCAAAGUUUCCUUGACUAGUAGAAUUCCUUGUUUAGUGCAUAUUUCAAUAUAAAUGUCAACAUUUCACUGAAA